AUGAGGAAAAAGGACUACAACAAAAUGGUGCACUUACAUCUAUUCGUGGACUUUGAAAUAGAAACAAGGCUUGCCAUUGCCCUUGCUGAUGUUGUGGGACAGAGCCAGUGUAUAUGUACAGAAGUUGAGGGAUACAAUCACAGAAUGUUGACUGACUUUGAAGGUGUUGCAAGAAAAAACGAAGUAGGGUUCCGCAUUUGGACUAGCAAAGAGGGUAUUGGGAUGCUAAGGGGUUCUUAUAACUUAGAUGGGUAUGCUUCAAGAAGGGCAUGUCAAAUGGUAAAGCUGCAAUUAAUGGUGUUUUUUGUGUUGCAGUUCCACCAGUACCAGGUUGUUGGGAGAAAGCUCCCUAUGGCAUCUAAUGAGCACCCCAAGAUUUACCAAAUGAAGCUCUGGGCCACAAAUGAGGUUCACGCCAAGUCCAAGUAUUUUAUGAGGAAGCUGAAGAAGGUCAAGAAGAGCAAUGGCCAAGUGCUUGCCAUUAAUGAGAUGUGA